AUGGUUACUCGCCCAGAGGGAUCUUCAAGUCGCAGCCUCUAUCCCUUCUCUUUCCGCGUCGCCCCCGGAGACGACCGCUUCUCUCUCGUGCUCACGAACGACUUCUCCAGAGUCACCGCGUCGAGGGAGUGGAAGAGGAGGACGGCGGGGGAAGACGAAGAGCUGGAAAUUUUCCAGGCCGAGAAGUACUUCAGCGGCGCCAUGGACGGCGGCGAAGUCGUGCUUAGCCCUUUCAAGGUGUCCCCGGAGAGGGAGCUCACGUUCUCCCCCGGCCCGGUCACCCCCUCGGCCACGCCUAGCGCAUUCUUCGAAUCCUGGGGGACUCCGUUAGGGAGCAAGAAGCUCCUCAGGGUCUCCCUCUGGUCUUGCUUCGGAAAGUCUUCCGUCGCCGUCAGUGAGAUCGCCGAGGAGAGCGACGGUACCUUUCGGGAGAACGGGUUCCUGUGUAAUGAGAAAACCAGUCGGUGGAAAACGGACAAGCCGGGCGGCGCUUUCCGGCACACGACGGCGACCCGCUUUGCCCCACCCUCGGAUCUGAUAAAAAGGAAGACGACGAGGACAUUUAAACUGGCCAUGGCGGACCCAGAAGUGGACGUAUUCAGCGAGUCCAGCUCGGACCUGUUCGAGCUCGAGACCGUCUCCACAAGCACCCACGCAUUCGGCGGCACCGGCGGCGCGCCGAGUGAGGCAAGCAUCGAGUGGAGCGUUGUCACGGCGAAAGCCUCCGACUUCUCGUCGGCGCCGGAAGGCCAAAGGAGGUUCUCUACGGUGGCGACGAGACGACGGCACCAGCGGAGCGGUGGGCUGGGUUGCAGGGGAAGGAAGGCGAUCAACGUGGCGGCGAAUGUCCAUAGGACGCCGGCCAAGUCCGACCCAGAAGAGUGGAGAUGGCGGGGGAGGGUGGGGGCGCUGGCAUCUUCGAUGGAUCUCAGGCAGGCCAGACGGGCCACCUCGUAGCAGCCCGCCGGAUCUCGGCGCCAAUCCCUUCGCUUUCCCGGCGGUGA